AUGGAAGCCCGUGCAGAUGAUGAAGCGCAGAAUCGAAAUCUAGGAGCCGCCGCCUUCGCGGAGAUCCAAGAUUUAAGGGCUAUGUUGAUCCGAUUAUCUACCGAAGUCAGAGCGCUUUCAGUACAACGAAAUCGGAAUCAAGUGCGGCUUCCGCCGCCGGUUGAGAUGCCUGGUCUUGUUGAUGACCUCCCAGCAAAUCCGGUCGUUGAAGAUGCGGUAACUCAAGUUCUUGCGCCCGCUCCUCUUGAUCCCAUUUCAGCAGCCAUCUCGGCCCGAUUAGAGGAGGAAACUAAAAAGCGAUUUGCCGAUCCGGAGCAACAGCUCAAGGACAAACAUGGACUCGAAAAUGUCGGGGAUCUGUCCCGAUAUGACAAGAUCGACUUUCCCGAUAAGUUUAAAGUUCCAUACUUCACGAAGUAUUUCGGCAAGGGUGAUCCGAGGGCACACUUAGUUUAUUACACCAAUCGGAUGGGUCGGUACGUCAAGAAUGUUCCUUUGCUGAUACAGACUUUCCGGAACAGUUUGGAGGACGCGGCGCUUAUUUGGUUCUUGGAUAUGAAGCCGGAUAAAGUUACAAGAUGGGAAGAUUUGGCGAAGGCAUUCGUAGAACAAUACCAAUACAACACCGAGAUGGCUCCAACAAGGGAAGUGUUGUCCCGUACGAUCAAGAAGAGAGACGAGUCAUUUAGGGUUUUUGCACAUAGAUGGCGCGCUUUGGCUGCUGAAGUUCGCCCACCUCUCGAGGAACCCGAGAUGAUCAGCAUGUUUGUAAAAACUCUUCCAAAUGAGUUUUAUCAAAAGCUCAUUGGAGCAGGAUUUCAAAAUUUUCCCUUGCUCGUCGAAGCCGGGGAGAGAAUUGAGGGUGGAAUGCAUGAAGGAAGAAUAGCGGAAGGUGCCAGCAGAAGGGCACCAAUCAGAAAAGAAAAGGAGGUCGAAAUAUCCUUUGUUCAAGCUCCAGUUACCCGAUCGACGCCAACUUCCCAACUUGCCCCCAAUCGGAUGGCGUCUGCAUCCGGAAGUUAUCGGAAUAGCGGAUAUCAGAAUACUCAGCUCGGAAAGCCAAGACAGUUUACUCCAUUGCCGAGGCCAUUAUCACAACUUUUACCCGCUUUGUUAGGCAAACAACUUGUGACUAAAGAAGUUGCUCGAGCUAACCCCCCGAAGUAUCGUGGGUUCGACCUUUCCAAAUCCUGCGCUUUUCACACGGGAGAAAGAGGGCACGACGUUGACGGUUGCUACGUCCUCAAGCAUAAAGUCCAGGAUCUUCUAGAAGGAAAUCGUUUGUCGUUUAAGGAUUUCGAGCCGAAUGUGCAGAGAAACCCGCUACCGUGCCACGCCCCAAAUGUGGCGAUCAUUGAAGAGGUGAGAAGCGUCACCAAGAAGAGAUUCGAAUAG